AUGCAUAUAAAUACAUCAAUUGAAAAUAGUAUAGAAUUGUUAAAUGAAUAUCCUAGUGUUGUUGAAAGAUAUUUUACUUUAAGAUAUUGCACAAAAGUUGGCGAACAAGACAUCGAACAUCAUUGUGUGAUGUUUCACUCGAAUCGUAUUUGUUUAAUUAGUUUAGCUGACGAACAUCCAAUUAUCAAACAUCAGAAGUCAAUUAAAAGCAUUGAUUGCCAAGUAUCAACGAAAGUGAAUCGUUUAGAUAAUAAGGUAUCAGGAAAAGGUAAAAAAGGUGGACAACAUCUAGAACCGAAUUCAAUUUUGUGUAAGAUUGAAUGUGAAGAUGGCAGUGUUUAUAAUAUUUAUAGUUGUAUAAAAGGAAAACUAGUGGAAAUAAAUGAUAAUUUAUCAACGGAUUCAUCACUGUUGUUAACAAAACCAAAAUCAGAUGGUUUCAUAGCAAUUGUUUUGCCACAACUUUCUAGUAUUGAUAAAUAUAAAGACGAAAUGUUAUCUUUGGAACAAUAUCAGGAUUUUAUUAAAUAAAUUUUGUUUGCAAUUUUU